AUGCAGGGCCGUGCCUCCGCUCGGAGGAGCGUGGUCAGUGUCAGCGCCCUGGCGGUCGGGGACAAGCUACCCCAGGACAUCAACCUCAGCUACUUUGAUGCCGAGGGCAACAUGCAGGAGACCACCGUAGGCGCCCUGACCAAGGGCAAGAAGGUGGUUUUUGUGGCAGUGCCAGGCGCCUUCACCCCCACGUGCUCAUCCAAGCACGUCCCCGGCUUCAUCAAUAGCGCUGACAAGCUGAAGGCCAAGGGCGUCGACACCAUCGGCUGCAUCUCUGUGAAUGACGCGUUUGUCAUGGCGGCCUGGGCAAAGCAGCUGGGCGCCGACGGCAAGAUCCUCAUGCUGGCAGACGGAUCUGGCAACUUCACCAAGGCGGUCGGAGCCGAGCUGGACCUGAGCGACAAGGGGCUCGGGCACCGCUCCAGGCGGUACUCCAUGCUGGCCGACGAUGGCGUGGUCAAGCUGGUGAAUAUGGAGGAGGGGGGCGCCUUCACCGUCAGCAGCGCGGACGACAUCCUGAAGCAGUUGUGA